UAUUGAAGCUAUACAUUCUAUCAACCUCUACUCUCGCAAAUUCGCCAAAAUGCAUCCAGCCAUAUUAACGUUAUCUAUCAUCAAUCUCCUUGUGUCUGAAGUAGCAUGCCAUGGCUGGAUCAAGCAACUGAAGCUCGACGGCGCCACAUAUGUUGUAUUCCCAGAAGUCAAGGUACCCGACUGGACCGCGCCGGCCAUCAACAUCACGCGACAAAUAGGCUACGACGGCCCUGUGCUGGACGUUCUCUCCAACGACAUCACAUGCAACGCGCGAGCAGUCCCGCUCAACGACAACGGAGUCUCCCGCACGGGAACAAUCACCGCUGGGUCAAACUUGCAGAUCUACUGGGGAGGGUGGCCUCACAGCGGGCCAAUACUGACGUACAUGGCUAGAUGCGAUCCAGACUGUGGUUCUUUCACAGGAAGCACAGGUAAUGUGUGGUUCAAGAUCGACGAGUACGGGUACAAGAAUGGAUGGGCAACACAGCAACUCGACACUCAAAAGUACUGGUGGAACGUCACUGUGCCACAGUGCAUUCCGGAUGGGGAGUAUCUGAUCAGGCAUGAGAUCAUGGCGAUGAGCGAGUGUAAAACGCUAGGCAAAUGCCAGUUUUAUCCGAGCUGCACUCAAGUCAAGGUUGUGGGUGGAGGGUCUGUUAGUCCCGGCUCCAGCGACCUCGUUGCGUUUCCUGGUGCGUAUGGGAAGACUGAUAAAGGUAUUUUGUGGGAUACAAAUACGCAGGAUGCUAGGGACUAUGUGACCCCGGGCCCCAGAGUGUGGGAAUGCCCUUCAUAA